AUGAAGUCCCGUUCAGGCACCGCAACCCUGCUGCUGCCUCUCGCUCUCUGCUUCAGCUUGAUCCCCGUGUGUCUUGGAGCUGCAAUUCCUGUUUCAUGUGAUUCCAUCUAUAAGAGUUUUGCUCAGUGUUUACUCACACUUGGGGACAGUUUGGUGGAAACACAAAAAGACCAGAGCACGCAGGACAUCGAUGCAAUCUGCAGAUCCUGGAACGCUUUCCAUGUUUGUGCCAACUCAGCUCUGGCCGGCUGUCCUGGAGAAGCAGCAGCAGUCUGGGAGUCUCUAAGACAAGAAUCCAGGAAGACGCAGUUCUCUGGAAACCUCUACGACAUGUGUGCUAGCCGCACCACCCUCGCACCCAGCACUGUGCCUGCACCCCAGAACCCUCCCACCUCCGACCAGACCAACCAGGAAACAUUGAAAGGGCAAACAAACAGGCACAGCCCCACCCUCGCCACACUGAUCUUACCUGUAUGCAGCACGUUCUUAGCUCUGCUAAUCUAG